AUGAAGCUCUGGCACGAACAAGAAAGCGUAGAUAUCGCUCUCGGUUUAGGAGAUUUCCUCCAGCCCCCAGGCAUGCUCUCGGUUAAGGAUCCGGGAUUGAAGGAGAAGUGGCACGAUAUAUUCAUUAAGGACGCUGGCUUGAAUAUCCCGUGGUAUAUGGUGAACGGCGAAGCGGAGAGUAUGGUGAGCAGCUCGACGCCGUACCGCUACCACUACACCCGCCAGGACGUGAACUACCACAACCCCAACUGGCUGUAUAAAGCAGUUAUAACGAUGGUUGCCAAUCUAACCACAGCUGAUGGAGGCACAGAAGAUCAAGAGUUCACCGUACACCUCAUCUCCAUAGACACCUGGGCUCUCUUCGGAGGACCCCCCUUCUAUGAAAACCUGGGGCAGUAUCAGAACAACAUGAUAGCGCUAAGCAACGCGCUGUAUCACUCAGCGAAGGCGAAGGCGGACUGGAUAGUGGUGCAGGGUCACCACCCUCUUACAUCUACAGGAGCUGAAGCAGAAGAGGCUCGGUUUACCUACAUAGACGACAUGGUGAAGGCUGGGCGUCCGCGGGGCCCUGAACACCGUCUCGUGGAUCUGUUGACGGCGUAUCAGGUGGAUGCGUAUAUUUCAGCUCACGAUGAUGCUCUUGAAUACGUAACAAUGUCGGACCUAGAUAAGAACAGCACUCUCGCUUUCAUCACCAGCGGGGGGGGAACCCGCAUCAUGAGCGGCGUUAUGGGGAGAGGCUGGCUGGGGAAAAUAAGAGGAAGAAUAUUCCCGUUGCUAUGCUGGUCAGGCAAACGUAUUUUUUAUAAACUCGACCCAGGAGGCUGCAAACGUAUUUUCUAUAAACUCGACCCAGGAGGGUGCAAACCAUCAGAAAAGGAUCAGGCUCUGGCGUACAAGUUCUAUGCACCGCAGGGGCCUAACUGGAAGAUUUCUGUGAAAGAGAGAAUUCUGAAUACCACGGGUUUCUCGAGUUUGAAAUUCACCAAAGAUUUCCUCAUUGUAGAUUUCAUCAGCAGCAGCACCGAUCUGAAACUAAAAGAAUUAAAUAUAGAUCAUGAAGCAUUCGAAGAAGAAAACAGAGAACGCGUCGCCAGUGAAAUUGCAUUUCAAACACGAACACCUAUACUAGCGGAGCGUCUGCGUCUGUACGAGAAAGAACUGGUGGAUAUGUACAACGAAUACCAACACUUGAAGUCAAAGAAAGCAAUGUAUGAAACAAUGAAUGCACAGAAAGCUGCAGCUCUUGAGGCUCAGGGGGAGAAUCUAAGAGAAUCUGAGUUGAGUGAAGGAAUGUAUGAACAGACUGAACGUAUCAUUGAACUCAUGUACGUCAUCGCAGCUCACCACGGGUACAUGUGGACUCGAUAUGAAGCCCUGAAAGAGCAGAGAAAGAAGUUGCCGCUGCAGGAUGCAAAGCAAGCAGAGGCGUUGUUGAAACUUGAAAAGAAACUGAUCGAGGUGAUGAAGAAACGCAGAGAAUUGAACAAGAAAUACGUCGAUCAAGGCAAUCAUCCAACGCCAGCUGAUGCUGAACAAAUAAAAGAAUUCGUUAUAAAAUCCCGAAUACUGAAACGCGAUAUAAAUGAAUUUGAACAGGUGAUGCAGGAGGAGGAGGCGAAGGAAGCAGGAGAGAAAGAAGGAGAAAAAGAAGAGAAUACAGAACAAAACAACAAAACAACUACAGAAGAAGAAUUACCUGAAAUUAAACCUCUAGAUCAGAGCAUAGAAGCUCGACUUGAAAGGAAACGACGACAACUAGAGGAACAUGAACGGGUGCUUCAAACUAUCAACUCAUUGGCGGCGAUAGAAAGAGAAAAGAUGAAAGAGGAUAUAGGUAUGCUGCAGCGUCAACAUGAAAAGCUACGAGCAGAGGUAGAAAGACUUGAAGGUAUUUUAAAUAGAAAAGAAUGGGCGGCGGAUAGACGGCCAUCUGAACUAUGGGAGAAACGGCUACAGAAACACGAUCUAGAGCAGACGUUGACGCAGCUAGAAGCAUAUAAAGAAUCUAUAUUAACUUUACCGAAAGUACAACGCAGAACGAAAGAUUUAAAUGAUGCUGUUGCCAGUAUAGAUAUGCAAAAGAUAGAUAUAGAGGAACAGCUUAUGGAGCUAUCUGAUGAACUAUAUAACACAACACCAACACCACUACAGGAGAAAUUCAUACAACAACUCGAUAAACUCCGAGAAGUUUCAUUGCUUGUAGAUAGCCGAAACACCAUGCCAGCUGAAGCUCUUGAGGAUCCCGAAAUACAAAAAAGUUUGAAAGAGGCAAAUGAAGCUCUCGAGCUGUUGCAGCUAGAAGUAGAUACAGCUGACGAAGCUUUACGUAAAGAACUAAAUGACUUAGAUGAGGCCUGGCUGAAACGAAUGAUAAUAAGAGGAGCAGAUAUGAAACAACUAGCUGAAGAAUUCUCUAUCGAUAUAAAUCAAGUUCUAGAUGAAGAUGCAAAGGCUAGAGAAGCAGACCCUAAUAAACAACUCAAAUGGAAAAAUGUAAAAAAGUUUUCGCUAAUAGAUCACAUAGAUCACAAAGAAGGUUUCUAG